AUGUCCCCAUUGAACCUACUCAUCUACUUCUCUCUUCUUCUCCACUCUUCAUAUGCUCAACCCACCGGAGAGAAAGGUUUAAGCCUCGAGCUCAUCCACAUCGACUCCAAGCGCUCGCCGUUCUACGAUGCGAACCUCACCGAUUUCCAACGUAUCGUUCGCUCGAUCGACUAUUCUAAGUCUCGCGUUCUCUGGCUGGAGUCGAUGAUGAUCGCCAGAGCCAAUCCUACCGCCAUACGCCCUCCUCUCCAUGCGAUGCCACCUGCGAUAUUCAUGGUCGCGAUCGGUAUCGGCUCCGGUCACGGCUUGCGCAACUACUACCUCCACAUAGACACCGGCUCGAGCCUCACGUGGACGCAGUGCCUUCCGUGUAGCACGUGUUUCCAUCAAUCUGCACCCAUGUUCGAUCCCCGACUGUCCCCCACGUACCGUGUCGUCGACUGCGACGACCCCUUGUGCAAGCCCCCGCUUUACAAAUGCGUCAACGAUCGUUGCGAGUACCACAUCGAAUACUACGACAACACCUUCAUCGACGGGGUCGUCUCGAGAGAGACCUUUACUUUCCAAGAUGCACAUUCUAGCCAUUCCGAAGAAGUUCGAAACCUCGUCUUUGGUUGCACCCACUCAAGCCAUAUGAACUAUCAUGGAAACCCUGCAGGGAUCUUCAGCAUGUCUCUGAAUCCUACUUCGACAGUGAGGCAGCUUGCUGCACUCACACAUGGCCUGUUCUCUUACUGCCUUUUCCCGCCCGCGGAAGCUGCUCACGCCAGCUUCCUGCGGUUCGGGCACGACAUCAAAACGCCGCGGGGAGGCAUCCAUUCCACGAGGAUCUUCGAGUACGACGGCCGCGUAGGCUUUUAUUACCUUGAUUUGAAGGACAUCAGCCUCAACGGGUGGCGCAUGAACUUCCCGAGGAGUACCUUCGCACGCCACAGCGACGGGACCGGCGGCUUCGUAGUAGAUUCGGGAACCGCCGCAACGCAGUUAACUACUCACGCAUUCGAUCGGGUGGAAUAUGUGAUGAAGGAUUAUUUCCGCCGCCGGCUCAAUCUUCAUCCUGUGAAUGAUUCUAGCUUGCCGUUCAGAUUGUGCUAUAAGAUAGUUGAGGGAAUUGAGCGGCGGCUGCCGACGAUGGCCCUGCACUUCCGGGACGGCGCAGAUUACCACAUACGGCAGUCGUCGCUGUUCACGAAUCUUGCCGAAAGGCAGACCCUCUGCUUCUCUAUGCUGCCGGGCAACGAUAUAAGCAUACUUGGGGCAAAGCAGCAGUUCAACACCUGGAUGAGGUUUGAUACCAUACACAAUAAGCUUGCCUUUGCUCCGCAUGAUUGUGUUAGAGAUGCAGCUAAUUAA